CAUUCACAUUCAUGAUUAUUCUUCAUUCGUGAUUCCGCUCUACGCGGUGGCACACUUCUGGCCUACCAUCUUUGCCUUCUCUGACACGCGCCGACUGAAGCUGGCCCUAUAUCAUUUCAGCCAUGAAGGAUUGGAAACGAUCUCCUGAGCCACCCUCUAUGAUGGGUCCUCAGCCUCCAGUGCAAUCAGCAACACCCCCGACCGAAUCUCAGUCUUCCCACUCCAGCCUCGACGAGGUUCUGCCUGGCGCAUACAUUGCUCCUUUCUUGGGCAAUGAGGGCAGCUCAAAGAUGGCCUCAAUGGCCGCUGCUGCCGAGGAGGAAACGCACGAGAGGCAAGCGCGGCAAGACGCCCGUGUGAGCAAGAUGAUGAGCCUCAAGAGCAUGGCCAUGACGGUCAUCUGCCGCAACAUCCACAUGGUUGAAGACAUAGGCGCCAUGCCUUACAGCUUGGCGGGGCCAGUGCUACGACACUGCUCUGCAAGUCAGCUGAUGGUGAUCGAAGGUAAUUCUCCACAAAUCAUGUCAGAGACAGAAGAUCUUUGGCGCCGUCUCGCGCAUGCGGACCUCGCAUCCGUACGCAGGAAGGACGCGGAGGGGUUGUAUGACCGCGAGCCGCCCGCCUCCUGGAGGCGACUGUAUCUGCGGGAACUGGGCGCUGAGAAGGAAGCGAAGGAGGCAGCAAGCGCUCGUCUGCGAGAGCGUCUGGCGGCAGCCACGGCGGAAAGGGAUUCCAGAGGCAUCGUGGUGGACGACGCGAUAGCAAAGUCUCACCUGAAGAAGAGAAGGGGACUGUCCACUGCAAAGGCAGGCGUGACGAGCGCCGGUCAACGGAGCAAGGGACAAACCUUGAUGAGCAAGGCGAGAGCGGCGACGCACCUAACGCGGCAGCUCACUCAGCCUCGAAGCACUGCAAGAUCGGAAAUAGGGAACAACGAAUCUACCUCGAGCCGUAUCAUGAGACCUCCCUCCAUGCCCAGAGCUGGUCUGACUAUCAGAGCGGGAGCCUCGGCGGCCACGAUCAGUAGCCUACUGAGUCCCUCAAAUACAUAUACGCCCAACGACUUUGGCUCGUCCAGUAACGGUGUCAAAAUGAUUUUUGGAAAGACGACACCAAUCGCUUCGGUGGACAGAGCAACCGUUGCCGCACAGCAAGCGGAGCCUGAUACCUCGCAGAUGCGACCUAUCAAAAAGCGGCCAAAAGGCAACAAUGGAAUGAGGAUCACACCGGUCAAACGUGCUCGACAUGCCGCGGCUAGCCUACAAGAAGCUCCAGGUCUGAGCAAUGGGAGCUCUAAUGCGCGCCAUUCGAAGUCGAUGAUCAGCAUCAAAUCCAGCUCACCUCCUGACACUUCAAGAAGAGCAGGAUCGUCCUCUUGUCCGGCGAACGAUCGAAGUUGGUCCGAUUACCAGUGUCCUUCGCACAGUGCAGCCCAUCCGCCUCGUCGAUCGACCGAGACUAGAGCGUAGAGGAAUCCCAAUCCGGCGUCCAGUCGUCGACUUCCAAGGCAGCCGAGGACGACGUCCGCUCACCAACAUUAUGGAAGAACAACGCAUGAUCGUCAAUAGGAUUGCAUUUACGUCUAUGGUGUCUAUGU